GCGGGAAGUGGCUUCUGGAGAAAGGCGUCGGGUUCCCGGCUCCGCUCGGACGCAGCUCCGGGAGGAACGCGGGGAGGCACGGUCCGCGGCGGGCGCCGGGCGCCGCCGGGAGCCGGGAAGGCGCCCUGGCCACCGGAAGUGCGUGCGGCGUGCGGCGUCCCGGCCGGAAGUGUGGCAGAUUCCCAGCAGGACCCGGAAGUGUGGAGCAGGUGCGGCUCCGGGAAGUACCGGUGGCCGGCCGGCGGCGAUUCGCGGGGAGCACAGGGAUGUGCAGAUGGAGGCCGGAGAAGACACUGCUGCCCCGGGCCCCGGGGGCGCCGAGGACUUGGAGGAGACUAGGGACGCUGGCGGGGAUCACCCGGGCCCACCGGACCCCGGAGACCCGGCGGCCCUGGGGGAGUCAGGGGCCACAGCCAAGGACGAGCUGUCCCACCUCCUGUCGCCACUGCCGGUGCCGGAGGCCCCAGCAGACACCUGUGAGCAGUGGAGGACUGUGGCCUCAGACGGCGGCGGUCCCGCUCACGUCCCCGACAGCGGCUAUGGAGGCCAGGGUGGGGACCCCAGCGAAGAGGAUUGGCGCUGCCAACGGAAGCACGUGUUUGUACUGAGCGAGGCAGGCAAGCCCAUCUACUCACGGUACGGGAGCGUGGAAGCUUUGUCGGCCACCAUGGGCGUGAUGACAGCGCUGGUGUCCUUUGUGCAGAGCGCCGGAGAUGCCAUCCGUGCCAUCUACGCCGAGGACCACAAGCUGGUGUUCCUGCAACAGGGCCCACUGCUGCUGGUGGCCGUGUCCCGCACGUCUCAGUCAGCCGCGCAGCUGCGGGGGGAGCUGCUCGCCGUGCACGCGCAGAUCGUGAGCACGCUGACACGCGCAAGCGUGGCUCGCAUCUUCGCGCACAAGCAGAACUACGACCUCCGCCGCCUGCUGGCGGGCUCCGAGCGCACCCUGGACCGGCUUCUGGACAGCGUGGAGCGGGACCCCGGCGCCCUGCUCCUGGGGGCCGUGCGCUGCGUGCCCCUCGCCCGGCCGCUGCGGGAAGCGCUGGGCACCCUGCUGCGGCGCUGCACGACGCCAGGCCUGGCUCUGUCGGUGCUGGCAGUUGGCGGGCAGCUGAUCACAGCGGCUCAGGAGCGCAACGUGCUGGCCGAGUGCCGGCUGGACCCCGCGGACCUGCAGCUGCUGCUUGACUGGGUGGGGGCACCCGCCUUCGCGGCCGGCGAGGCCUGGGCGCCAGUGUGCCUGCCCCGCUUCAACCCCGAUGGAUUCUUCUACGCCUACGUGGCCCGCCUGGAUUCCAUGCCAGUCUGCCUGCUUCUGCUCGGCACCCAACGGGAAGCCUUCCAUGCCAUGGCUGCCUGCCGGCGACUGGUUGAAGACGGCAUGCGUGCCCUCGGGGCCCUGCGAGCCCUCGGGGAGGCUGCCGGCUCCUCCAGCACCCACUCGCCCGGCGCCCCGGCCUACAGCGUGCAGGCUGUGGGGGCGCCCGGCCUCCGGCACUUCCUCUACAAGCCACUGGACAUCCCUGACCACCACCGCCAGCUGCCUCAGUUUACCAGCCCCGAGCUGGAGGCCCCCUACAGCAAAGAGGAGGAGCGGCAGCGGCUGUCCGACCUGUACCACCGCCUGCACGCCCGCCUCCACAGCUCCUCCCGACCGCUGCGGCUCAUCUACCACGUGGCCCAGAAGGAGACGCUGCUGGCCUGGGUGACUUCCAAAUUCGAGCUUUAUACAUGCCUCAGCCCCUUGGUGACGAAGUCGGGUGCCAUCUUGGUUGUGACCAAACUGCUGCGCUGGGUGAGGAAAGAAGAAGACAGGCUCUUCAUCCGUUACCCACCCAAAUACUCCACACCUCCAGCCCCUUCUACAGACCAAGCUCCGCACAAUGGCUUCUUCUCUGGACUCUGAAUGACGGAGCUCCCAGACUGUUGGAAGUGACCACUUUUGUCUGUUACCUUCUGUCUCCUCCCUGGAAAAAUGUGGGUGAGGGUCUCUCUGUGA